UCAAUCGAUCCUCGUUACGAGACUCCUAUGUUCCGACCGGCGAAAGAUUGGCACGCGCUCUCCCCCCUCCCCAACCUCACUCUCUCUACCGUCGCCGGACGCCGACCAUAUCGCUCGCUCUCUCUGUGGCUGCGAGCAUCGCCAAUCUGUCUUACUUCUCGGAGGUGACUCUCCUCUUUUCUUUUUGACAGACGCUUUUAGGGCUUAAAUAGUGACGGAUUAAUGGAGAAGAGAGGGAGAGUUGCUGUGGUGGUUCUUGGCGACAUUGGUCGUAGUCCCCGAAUGCAAUACCACGCACUUUCUCUUGCUCAACAGGCACACUUAGAGGUGGACAUUGUUGCAAAUGGAGGUAGCGAUCCUCAUAUGGCUGUUAAAGAGAACCAAUCAAUCCAUCUUCACAAAAUGACAUCAGUAAACCUCCAAGGGCUAUCAAAGCUUUCAAGUCCAGUGGCACUCUUACUUAAGGCUGCGAUGCAGUUUAUUAUUUUAGUCUGGUUUCUUUGUUUUAAGAUUCCUCGUCCAGAUGUUUUUGUUGUGCAGAAUCCACCAUCUGUUCCCACAUUAGCUGCUGUUAAACUGUCUAGUUGGCUAAGGCGGUCUCCAUUUGUCAUCGAUUGGCACAAUUUUGGAUAUACUUUGCUAGGAUUAUCUCAUGGGAGAGGUCAUGUAAUAGUGAAAAUCUACCAUUGGUUUGAAAAAUACUUUGGGAGGAUGGCUGAUGGUUCUUUAUGUGUUACAAAGGCAAUGCAACAUGAACUUGCUCAAAAUUGGGGAAUCAAAGCAACGGUUCUCUAUGAUCAGCCUCCUGAGUUUUUCCAUCCUGCUUCACUCGAGGAGAAGCAUGAGUUGUUUCAUAGGUUGGAAAACAGCAUCUGUCAUCCAAAUGGCAUUCGUGAUUGUGUUACUGCUGCUCAAAGAGGCCCGGAUAGUGGUGCUGCCAUUCAUGGGUUGGAUCAAUCUAGCAAUACUCUCUUUAGUACUCAAAUUGGCAAUGACAUUUUCUUAAAAGCAAACAGGCCUGCCCUUGUUGUUAGCAGUACAAGCUGGACACCAGAUGAAGAUUUUGGCAUACUUCUAGAAGCAGCAGUUAUGUAUGACAGGCGUGUUGCUGCAGCCUUAAGCGAGGAUGAUUCAGUUGAAGAAAAAAUUUGGAUGGACAUCAACAAUGGGAAACAGUACUUAUACCCUAGAUUGCUGUUCAUUAUCACUGGUAAAGGGCCUGAAAGAAGAAAAUACGAGGAACAGAUAAAGAAGUUAAACUUGCGACGUGUGGCCUUCCGAACAAUGUGGCUGUCAGCUGAGGAUUAUCCUAUAUUACUUGUUCAUUCUGUUCCAGGAUCAGCAGAUCUAGGUGUAUCAUUGCAUACUUCCUCAUCUGGUUUGGACCUUCCAAUGAAGGUAGUUGAUAUGUUUGGGUGUGGGCUGCCUGUUUGUGCUGUUUCCUUCUCAUGCAUCACUGAACUCGUAGAAGUUGAGAAAAAUGGACUACUCUUUUCGACAUCAUCUGAGCUAGCUGAUGAAUUUAUGAUGCUUUUCAAAGGCUUUCCAGAGAAAUGUGAUACAUUAAACUCUUUAAGGGAUGGUGCCUUGGCUACAGCAUCCUCUGCAAGGUGGUCUACUGAGUGGGAAAUGCAUGCGUUGCCACUGAUAAGUGAGGUCAUUUCAAGGAAACAAUGAUGAUGAUGAAGAUUGUGAACAGUUUGAAACAACCUAGAUGCCUGCUAGCGUAAAUAUAACAAAAUCUUGCAUGGCCUUGUUCUUGGGAGAUGGUUAACCAAGUCUGAGUAGGAUGUUAUAUGGUUUGGUGGAAUAUGCCUUUUGAAUUUUUGCUAUUUGGGCUAUAAGUGAAGCCAAUAAGAAGGGAAUUAAGAUUUCAAGUCCGCAUGCACAGGUCAAAGAUUCUAGAAAUGUUGAUAAUGUGCUUAGUGGUGAUAUAUUAUGGACGGUCUGAUUUAUUAUGGGAUAAAUCAAGUUUCUUGUGAGGAAUUUUUUCAAAUCUCUGGAUUCCCCUUUUUUUCAUAUAAACUGAGUGGUUUGAUGAUAGCUACACAAUUGAGUUUUCUGUAAUCUUGAACCUCAAAAAGAGUUCUGUAAUCUAAUGUCAUCUUAUUCACCUUUGAAGAAAAUCUUUUGCAAAA